AAAAGGGACAGGUGAUUUCAUGCUAAGUACAAUCCGGCGUACGCCGCGCCACCACAUGGGAUAUACUUUGCGCAUCCUUGCACACGGAUAAAUACAAAAUGAGAGUCAUAAUUCUCCUCGCCGUGGUAGCGAUAGCCGCUUCAGCACCACAAAAGCCUGCAGAUCAAGUGAUUGCCAUUCUUAAACAAGAGUUUGAUCAGCAAGCCGACGGAUCCUAUGUCUACAGCUACGAAACAGAGAAUGGUAUCAAAGCAGACGAGACCGGCACACUGAAGAAGGGAAGCGGUCCAGACAGCAAUGACGUCAUAGUAGCUCAGGGUGCAUUCAGUUAUACAGCGCCUGAUGGCACUGUGAUCAGUCUCAACUAUGUCGCUGAUGAUGAAAAUGGAUUUAAGCCAGAGGGUGCACAUUUACCCACGCCGCCCCCAAUACCACCAGCAAUUCAAAAGGCACUGGACUAUCUAGCGACUCUUCCUCCACCGCCGCCGUCAAGGAAUUAGGACAACCAAAUGGCCGAUGACCAACCAAUUAUACAACGACACACGCUUGUACCACUUUGAAAACACGCUUUUGUUCUGGGGUUUUAUUGUACAUAAUGUUGUUUCAAAGUCAAAGAGAACAAACGCCCGUUAACAAAAUGGUACUCGAUAAUCUUGUAAUCGAAGCAUGAUAAAAAACAAAUAAAAAUAUAAUAUGCUCAACAAUUGAACUGUGAUAGAUAAGAUUUGCAUGAAAAAGAAAUGAUUAUGAUAUUUAUUAUUUAUUUAAUAAAAGCAAAUUCAGUGCCAAAGAUGCAUUGCAGAUAGAA